AUACACUGAGCAAGUAAUGAAGUGAUAGUUGUUGCAGGUUGUUGAUAAGGAUUUUUUGUUGUUAGGCGUAAACCAAAUGUUUCUUGGAUUAACAAGAAAUAUAGCUAGGAUCCCGGGAAAGAAUAAGGCAUUACAAAUAAUACAGCGGACUAAGAUGGAUCAAACUUGUGCGAUACAGUCAAUAAAGGCGUGCAUACCGCCUUUAGACGAUUCGAAACACAAAGGUCAAGCAGGUCGGAUUGGAAUAGUUGGGGGCUCUCUAGAAUAUACAGGAGCUCCUUACUUUGCGGGAAUCAGCGCCCUCAAAGUCGGAGCAGACCUAGCGCACAUAUUUUGCACUAAAUCAGCUGCUACUGUCAUAAAAUCCUACAGUCCUGAGUUGAUAGUUCACCCUUUACUGGAUGAAACAGAUGCUGUACAGAAAAUAUCACCAUGGCUUGAUAGGUUACAUGCUAUAGUAAUAGGACCAGGGUUAGGAAGAGAGUCAACUACAUUUCAAGUAGUAACAGAAAUGAUAAACACAAUCAAAGAAAAGAAAAUACCUUUAGUAAUAGAUGCUGAUGGUCUAUUUCUAAUAACAGAAAAGCCUGACUUGAUAAAGGGGUUCUCAUCCCCUGUGAUACUGACUCCAAAUAAAAUUGAGUUUGAAAGACUGUGCAAUAAAGUGAAUGGGCAAACUGGUUUGACCCAGUUAGGAAGAAAUGUAGUGGUUAUGAAGAAGGGUGCUAUAGAUGAAGUUUUUAGUGUUUAUCCUGAAGUUCAAUGGAAAUCGAACUUGGGAGGGUCUGGUCGACGAUGUGGUGGGCAGGGUGACUUACUAUCGGGAUCUAUUGCUACUUUUUUACAUUGGAUGUUAGAUAACAUUGAUAAUAUCAACAUUAAAACAGAGAAUAAAGAUCUGGCUGCAGCGUCACUGUCUUGCUAUGCAGCAUCACGUAUGGUUAGAAUGUGCAAUGAAAAGGCAUUCAAAGUGAAGGGCCGGAGCAUGCUAGCAUCUAAUAUGAUUGAAUAUAUUCAUGAAGCCUUUGAAGAACUCUAUGAAAAUAAGUAAAAACUUGGGCUAAGGAACAAAACAAAAGAGUAAAAGAUUGAGAAUAAUACUUGGGAAUGUUUUUGGUGCAUUUAAUUAUUGUUAAGUUUAAGUAAAUUUAUUAUGUUAUCAAAUCAAAAUAUAUUCAAGUUUGUGAUACUGAAA